GACAAGAUGGCGGCCAAAAACGUUGUCAGAUGUGCAAAUUUAUUACGAUCAUCUUUGACUCGAAACUUAAGGAAAACUUCAAUAGCAGGGUUGAGUGUUGCUGCGAAAAAUCACAAGUAUCAAGGUGCCAAUAGCAGUGUGCUUGCAAGAAGUAACCUUGUUAAAAAUAGCUUCACAAUGUACACAACGUCUACUGCAGCAGUAACUCCAUUUUCAGCAAUAAACCCUGUAGGUCUGCUUGGAAAUGUUGAUAUCCGUAGUCUUUGUUCAGGAUCAAGUUCCCUGACAGAAGCUAGUGGAGAAGAUGAUGAUGAACAAAAUUGUCCACCUUAUUCAUCAGAUGUCAUAAAAGAUGUGCAAGAUGAAAUGUUAAAGGGGGAAUCAAGUGGUCAGAUAUUUGCUGUGGUUCAUAUAGGUGGGAGCCAAUUUAAGAUCACUGUGAAUGACACUAUAAUUAUCAACAGGAUUGAUGCAGAAACUGGAGAUAGAAUACAUAUUGAAAAGGUUUUGUUAGUUGGUGGAGAAAAUUUUACUGUGAUAGGAACCCCAUUACUUGUACGAGACCUUGUGAAGAUUGAAGCAACAGUGUUGGAAAAAACCAAGGGACCUAAGAAGAUUGUGUUUAAAAUGAAACGGAGAAAGGGUUAUAGGAGAUGGAAAGAACACUUUCAAGAUCUUACGGUGCUAAGAAUAAACAGCAUUCAAGUGCAGCCUUCACUUUUAUCGUCUGCUCAGUAAACGCUCUGCCAUUCAGUUGUUAUCUCAUGAAAGCAAGAUUUUAACAAGUUAUCACGAGCAAAGCAUGGGAUUAUCUCCAUCUUCAAGUCCGUGCAUCUAACAGAACUUUAGCUUGUGAUUUUUUUUUUCGAAAAUAAAGUAAAACAAGAGGAAUGAUCCAUUGUCAACAAUGGGUAAUCUUUGUUCAACCGUUCAGUUUUCGACAACUUUGUUACUAGCUUGAAAUAUAGUGUCUCAGGCUAUGUGGUCAAAAGCUACUAAGAAUGUUUGAAGAACGGUGUUGAAGAGAUCGACCGUUCCAGUUUCCUUUUUCCUUGCUCUGCUUAUCUUGUGACCCAUUUAACUUCUAAGAGUGACUAGCAUGUAUUUUCUCCUUACGUUAUGACCCCUGAAUCAAACGUUAAGGUCACGAGAAUAAUGGAAAUGAUCACCAAUCUUUUAAGAA